AAUCCGAGUGACGCAACAAGCUGUCAGCUGUUCUUGUUUUGCUUCGUUUUUUUCCCUUCUUUCUCCAGAGUGUCUGAUCUCUUCUGUAAUAAAUAAGAACAUUUAUGGAACUCAGAUUUGGAUUCUAAAAACACCGGAAAUAAGGAGUUCAAAACACUCAGGCCUAUGAUUAGAUCGGUUUAUUGUUAAAAAGGCGAUCGAGAUUUCUUCUCAGCUGGAUCCUCAAUCCGACGCUAUCGUGCCAAGAGGCAAAGCCGAUCCCAGGCCUCCGAUCCAGGGCGGAGGGAGGGAAAGAGGUCGCUGGGAAUCGGGAUGGAGACGGGAGAGGGAGCAGACGGUCCUGGCGGACCGGGUGAACCAGGAGCCGGGCCGGGGACAGAGCUGACGGGGCUUGGCUGCGCCUCUUUCAACCAAGACUCCACGUCAUUGUCAGUGGGAACCAAGACGGGCUAUAAGCUGUUCUCUGUGACCUCAGUGGACAAACUGGACUGCAUCUACGAGAGCGAGACCCCAGAUGUGUACAUCGUUGAGCGGUUGUUCUCCAGCAGUCUGGUGGUGGUGGUCAGUCUCUCCAUACCCAGACGGAUGAACGUCUACCACUUCAAGAAGGGAACGGAGAUCUGCAAUUACAGCUACAGUAACAACAUCCUCUCUGUCAGGCUCAACAGACAGAGGCUGGUGGUGUGUUUGGAGGAGUCAGUGUACAUCCACAACAUCAAAGACAUGAAGCUGCUGAAGACCCUUCUCAACACGCCCUCCAACCCCUCAGGUCUGUGUGCUCUGUCCAUCAACCAUUCCAACUCGUACCUGGCCUACCCAGGCAGCUCCACCAUCGGAGAGAUCAUAGUUUAUGAUGCCAACAACCUGAGCACUGUGACAAUGAUCCCGGCCCAUGACAGUCCCCUGGCUGCUCUCACCUUCAACUCGUCAGGCACCAAGCUGGCCAGCGCCUCGGAGAGGGGUACUGUAAUCCGUGUGUUCUCCAUCCCAGAGGGACAGCGUCUGUUUGAGUUCCGCAGAGGGAUGAAGAGGUACGUCAAUAUCAGUUCCCUGUCCUUCAGUCCUGACGCCCAGUUCCUCUGUGCCUCCAGCAACACUGAGACCGUACACAUCUUCAAACUGGAACAGCACGGACCCAGUGGAGAGGACGAGUGUCCUACCUGGGGAUCCUACGUAGGGAAGAUGUUCUCUGCAGCCAGCAGCUACCUCCCAGCCCAGGUGUCUGGAGUGAUGAGUCAGGAAAGAGCCUUUGCCACUGUACGCCUCCUAGUGGCCGGGCAGAGGAACGUCUGUACCCUCGCCACGAUCCAGAAGCUUCCUCGUCUGCUGGUGGCCUCCUCCGACGGACAGCUGUUCAUCUAUAACGUCGACCCUCAGGAUGGAGGAGAGUGUGUCCUGGCUCAGAAACACAGAUUGUUUGGUGAGGAUGAGGACAAGGAGGAGGGGGUGGAGUCAGAAGGGUCAGAGGUCACGGUGCCUGUCCAGGCAUGUCCAUCAUACGCCGCCACUGUUGCCAUACCAACCACUGGUCCAGUCACUACCACGCUUACAGGUUACUCUGAGGAUGGUGGGGCUAAGAAGGGCGAGGUGAUCCCAGAACAUGAGUUUGCCGCUGGUCCCGUCUGUCUGGAUGAUGAGAACGAGUUUCCUCCAAUAAAUUGGUGCCGCGACGGAACUCGAGGUGGCCAGGGGCGUCGUCUGUGAGGGUAGAACGAAGGAAGGAAGGACAGGAGGACAGACAGGCGGGCGGGCGGACAGACAGACAGACAGACAGGUGUCUGUUGUACACGUUAGAACACACUAACACCUGGUCUGGAACCACAGGACUUCCAGGAGAGCCGUUACAUGACCCAGGACAAAAUAAACGAGAGGGAAAAAAGACUCUCAUUUUAGGGUGCUAAGUUAUUUUUUUGAAUUAAGUGAUUUAAAAAAAUAUAUUAUAAUAAUUAUGAUUUCUAAUUGGGAGGGGGGGGCCAGGACUGGGUGUUUGUGACCCGGUGUGUUGGGGUGUGUUACAGUCCUGGGUCAAAUAUAUAAUGUCAAAUGCUUUCAAAUACCACUAUGUCAUAAAAGGCACCCUAUUCCCUAUUUAGUGCACUACUUUUGACCGGGACCAUAGGGCUCUGAUCAAAUGUAAUGCACUAUAUAGGCAAUAUAGUGCAAUUUGGUACAAAGUCCAGGGCUGUGCUUAGUUUAGUUCAGUGGUUCCCAACCCAUGGGUACUAGGAGGGGGUACUAGAGGGGGUACUAGAGAAGACUCAUGAGACCAUAGGCCUACCGGUCAAAAUGCACAUGAGGGGGUACUUCAGGGGUACUCUGGGCAGAGCCAAAUUUAGUUGGUGGUACACUAACCGGAAAACAAAGAAAAAAGGUUGGGAACCACUGGUUUAGUGUUUCCUGUAUAAUGGAACCAAUGAAACCGAUUUGAGUAUUCCCAAGAGGACAAACUCCAAACUAAAUCAAGGUCACAAAGGCUCCGUCCCAGAUGGCACCUUGGAAGAGCAGUGGAUGUACCAGAGACCAUGUGAUCUGUCUCUGGGGUGUUAAGACUCUACUGUACCAGAGACCAUGUGAUCUGUCUCUGGGGUGUUAAGACUCUACUGUACCAGAGACCAUGUGAUCUGUCUCUGGGGUGUUAAGACUCUACUGUACCAGAGACCAUGUGAUCUGUCUCUGGGGUGUUAAGACUCUACUGUACCAGAGACCAUGUGAUCUGUCUCUGGGGUGUUAAGACUCUACUGUACCAGAGACCAUGUGAUCUGUCUCUGGGGUGUUAAGACUCUACUGUACCAGAGACCAUGUGAUCUGUCUCUGGGGUGUUAAGACUCUACUGUACCAGAGACCAUGUGAUCUGUCUCUGGGGUGUUAAGACUCUACUGUACCAGAGACCAUGUGAUCUGUCUCUGGGGUGUUAAGACUCUACUGUACCAGAGACCAUGUGAUCUGUCUCUGGGGUGUUAAGACUCUACUGUACCAGAGACCAUGUGUGUGAUCUGUCUCUGGGGUGUUAAGACUCUACUGUACCAGGUGCAUGCCUGACAUGUCGCAAAUAUAACCACGGUUUUUAGAGCUACAAAAAAUAUUUUAUAAUAGAAUAAUUCAAUUGUUUAAUUAUACCAUCAUCAUAACUUUGUAUUAUGUUUGUUAUUAUUUUUAUUAUUAUUAACAUUCUGGUAUUUAAUCGUAAAGGAGAUUAACAGUUUUUAUUAUGAUGUUUAUUUUGCUUUAAUUCUGUGUAUUUGGAUGUAUUGAUACUUAUUAAAUGUUUACAUGUACCCGUAUUGGACACGAUCCAGCAGGUCGUUUUGUAUGUACGUCCCGAUGAUAUCAUUUGUAAAAGUGCGAAGUUUUGCGGAUUGCACAAGACCAAAAAAGAAACUACACAGAAACAAACAAAUAAAGAAGUAGACUGAAGUAGGAAUGGAAUUAUGCAAAUCA